AUGGCUCAGCCGGCGGGCCCGGCGGGCGGCGGGGAGCCCCGGGCGGAGCCGGCGGGCGGCGAGGGGCCUCCGGACUCCGGGGCGGCUGGCGGCCCGCCGGACGCGCUGAGCCUGGAGGAGAUCCUGCGGCUCUACAACCAGCCCAUCAACGAGGAGCAGGCGUGGGCCGUGUGCUACCAGUGCUGCGGCUCCCUGCGCGCCGCGGACGCCGGCCGCCGCCAGCCCCGUCGCCGCGUGCGCUCAGCCGCGCAGAUCCGCGUCUGGAGGGACGGCACCGUCACCCUGGCGUCCGACGACGCGGGAGAGCCGCCCCCCGCCACGGGUAAAUUGGGAUACUCACAUUGUUCUGAAACCGAGGUUAUUGAAUCUCUGGGAAUUGUUAUUUAUAAAGCACUGGACUAUGGUUUGAAGGAGAAUGAAGAAAGGGAGUUAAGCCCCCCUCUGGAGCAGCUCAUUGAUCACAUGGCCAAUACGGUGGAAGCUGAUGGCAGCAAUGAUGAAGGCUAUGAGGCUGCAGAUGAAGGCCUGGAAGAUGAAGAAGAUGAAAAGAGAAAAGUUUCAGCCAUCCGGUCAUAUAGAGAUGUCAUGAAGUUAUGUGCUGCUCAUCUUCCAACUGAAUCAGAGGCACCAAAUCAUUAUCAGGCAGUAUGUCGUGCACUGUUUGCAGAAACAAUGGAACUGCAUACGUUUCUGACUAAAAUUAAGAGUGCAAAGGAGAAUCUUAAGAAGAUUCAAGAAAUGGAAAAAAGUGAUGAAUCCAGCACAGACCUGGAAGAGCUGAAAAACGCUGACUGGGCUCGAUUCUGGGUUCAGGUGAUGAGGGAUUUGCGGAAUGGAGUAAAACUUAAGAAGGUCCAAGAGCGACAGUACAACCCUUUGCCCAUUGAAUAUCAGCUCACCCCUUAUGAGAUGCUAAUGGACGAUAUUCGAUCCAAAAGAUACACUUUGCGAAAAGUAAUGGUCAACGGUGAUAUUCCCCCUCGGUUAAAAAAAAGUGCUCAUGAAAUCAUCCUGGACUUCAUCAGAUCAAGACCCCCUUUAAAUCCGGUCUCAGCCAGAAAACUGAAACCCACUCCACCACGGCCACGGAGCCUCCAUGAAAGAAUCUUAGAAGAAAUCAAAGCAGAAAGAAAGCUGCGGCCCGUCUCACCAGAGGAGAUUAGACGCAGCAGAUUAGCAAUGCGGCCACUUAGCAUGUCUUACAGUUUUGACUUGUCAGAUGUAAUUACCCCUGAAUCUCCAAAGAAUGCUGUGGAAUCAUCGAUGGUGAAUGGAGGUUUAACAUCACAAACGAAAGAAAAUGGGUUGAGUGCGGCACAGCACAUGCCUUUGCAGCGGAAGAAACUCCUCAAAGCCCCAACCCUGGCUGAGCUGGACAGCUCUGACUCCGAGGAGGAAACUCUACACAAGUCAACCAGCAGCAGCAGUGUGUCUCCCUCCUUCCUUGAAGAUCCCUUAGUAGAGGCUGUGUCCACGAGGAAGAAGCCUCCAAAAUUCUUGCCCAUAUCAUCAACACCCCAGCCAGAGAGACGGCAGCCACCCCAGAGACGACAUUCUAUUGAAAAGGAAACACCCACUAAUGUAAGACAGUUUCUGCCACCGUCCAAGCAGAGCUCCCGAUCUCUUGAGGAAUUCUGCUAUCCAGUGGAAUGCCUAGCUCUCACUGUGGAGGAAGUAAUGCAUAUUCGUCAGGUCCUGGUGAAGGCAGAGCUGGAAAAGUACCAACAGUAUAAAGAUGUCUACACCGCCCUGAAAAAAGGAAAGCUCUGCUUUUGUUGCCGAACCAGGAGAUUCUCCUUCUUCACCUGGUCUUAUACCUGUCAGUUCUGUAAGAGGCCUGUGUGUUCCCAGUGUUGCAAAAAGAUGCGGCUGCCCUCCAAACCAUACUCCACUCUUCCCAUCUUUUCAUUGGGACCUUCUGCCUUGCAAAGAGGGGAAAGUUGCAUGAGGCCAGAAAAGCCCACCCCUGGCCACCAUCGGCCACUCCGGAGCAUUGCCAGGUUCUCCUCAAAAUCUAAGUCUGUGGACAAAUCCGAUGAAGAGCUACAGUUUCCCAAAGAGCUGAUGGAGGACUGGAGUACUAUGGAGGUGUGUGUAGACUGCAAAAAGUUUAUUUCAGAAAUCAUCAGUUCCAGCCGGCGCAGCCUGGUGUUGGCCAACAAAAGAGCCCGAUUAAAAAGGAAAACACAGUCUUUCUACAUGUCCUCACCGGGCACCUCGGAGUACUGCCCUUCAGAGAGGACUAUCAAUGAAAUCUGAGCCUGUGCCUUUCAGUUGCUUUGUGUUCCGAGUUGAUACCAGCGUGGGAGAACACUGAGCUGGACUGUCUCUCCUUGCUGUGGUCUUAGUUCAUAGGCUUGAAUUUGCAUUAGAUCAGGUUUUUGCUGCCUCAAAGACUGAAUGCUGUGUUCCUAUCGAUUGACGAUACGUGACAGGUCAGCCAAUUGCUCGUUUGCACCGAGAGAGAACAAUAGCUUGAAACUUGCUUCCAUGUGUGUGCGCGUGGAUCUGGAGGCCAGAGACUUUUUCCUUAGUUCAGUUCCUUACUGUUCCUCAGAUCAUUUCCCGACUAAGGCAAAAAGCUUCUCCUAGGAGAAAUCAGCCUCACAAAGGUGUCGAUGUUCGCACAGUUCUACGCAGUAAGUCAUAUUGGCACUUCCGCCCGACAGCAUUCCUGCCUAACGCACACAGUGGCCGGGUCCUGCCACAUACCGGGUACCUGGAGUUGCCGGGCCAGGCUGUGUAUCAUCUCACGGCACAAAACCUGGAAGGAUUUGCUCCUGCUAUCAAACUGAUUUUAAAUUAUUGUUGCUCUGAGCUAAAGACUACAGGAGGGACUUCAUGCCUGCAUUCUAGUGCAAAACAUCUGGAUAAGCUGUACACCCCAGUGGGGAACCAUUUCCUCUGAGCUGCUGUGUUCGCCCCAGUGCAAUGGAUGGGUGUCCCCUGAGUGGGUGACAGGUUUUCGUUCCCCAUCUUGAAUGGAUUAUGGUUCCUUGUAGUUUUGUAACAGAGGUCUAAGAAUUAAAGUUCUGUGGGAGUUUCAGGACAAAGGAAGGCUAGAAGUUUGUCAAAAAGUUGCGUGUAUUUUGGUUAACUCUGAGAAGGAUCGUGACAGCAUAGGGUGCCAGCCGUUGCCACACUGCGGGGAACGAGCUGGAGCUCAUCCGUUUUCAGCUACAUUUUUCAUAACUUUAUAGUCUUAGCCAUCACAACUAAAUUAAGCCACAAUUUGGUACCUAAGGUCUCCAACUGAAAUUUAUUUAUUUUUAUAAAUGAAUUUUAAGGGAAAUAAUUGUCUAGUUCUUUUAAAAUUACAAGAAAAUUAACCUGCUGAUAGACUUUUUGGAUGCUUUUUUGCACAAGUUUUCCUUGUAAAUGACUGGAGGGAGUAGGGCGGGUUUUGAUGGAGGUAGGUUGGAGGGUAGCACUCACUGUAUACAUGAACUAUCUCAGCUUGUUUGUCUCAUGCUAGGAGCUGUACUUUAUUAUUUUAGUUAGCUUAGAAACUACCAACCAGUCAAAUUGCCAUUGGCAUUUGGGAAAUCAGUUAAUGCACAUGCACAAGAAUUUCCUAAAAGCUGUAGGACCCAUCUGUAGUCAGCACUGCAACAGCACCAUUGAAUAAAAGGCAUGGCAGUCACAUUUCACUCCACAUCAAAGAAUAGUAACAUUUCUACAUUAGAUUAACAGUAAUACCUCAAAACUGCUCUGGUAGUAGUUUUUAAUGGGUUGAAAUUUACAAUUUAGUAAAUGGCUUAAAAUUACUUAUACUUAUGAAAUAAACUUUACCAAUUGACUAAAAUAAUGCAUGUUAACAGUUCGUCUGUAUUUGCAUGUCAAAAUGGGCCACCAGAGAACCCUUCUUGAAUUUGCACAUGUUUAAAUUAUUUUAAAGACUCUCGUGUACAAGAUUUAAACAGUAUAUGGGGUGAAUCUCAUUUAUAAAAUUUUCCAAGGGACCUUUUGGACUCUGUAUCCCAGAUGCUUUGGUGGAAGCCACACACCCUUUGAGGGCCCCAGGUAUUAGGCCUCGAAAUGACUACCGGGAAAGGGAAUGGUGUUUGUGUAGGUAUAUAGACAUGACCUAUGACAGAAGGCUUUUUAAAAUAACGACUAGUGUACCACUGUUACAAAAACAUAAGAAACUAAGCCCCUAAAAUGAGAGUUUCAUUCACAUUUACAAGGCAGAUACCUAGCUCAUCUCAGUCUUUGGCUUCAGUCCUUCAGGUUUCUGAUGCUGUCUAGGCUGAUGAGGGCAUUUUGAUCACUCUUACCAGAGCAUUAGAAUGUGAAUCCUUGAGCAGCAUUAACGAGGUUUGUCAAGUGGGUGUUAGGUCUAUGUGAGACAGUCCGCAGUGUGAGAAGAAGACACAUGACACACUUCAAAGCAUAGAAAUUGAAUUAGCCUCACUUUUUAUUGCCAAAACAAUUUCUUACAGUUUCUCCCAUAGCCAUGACAUGUGCCCAACACCUCAGCUACGUUAGGUAAUUCCCAGAGAGUAAUUCACUAGCAGCUUUUGGAGCAUGGUUUUACCCUUGUUAACCUUCGUCUCUGACCUUAGGCCUGUCUUCCUCUUCUUAACUACUAAAAUAACAUACCUUCGCAGUAUUCCUUUUUUUUUUUUCCUGGUUUCCGACUAUUCAGCAUUUACACCUGAUCCAAGAACAACACAUUGGCUAGCUGGUCAGAAGGAGAUGUGUCUGAGAGCUCGCAUGCACACCUGAGCAGCCCUUGGCAUGCCCUCCAGCACCUGCUCCUUUCCUCCCAGACUUCACGAGCUUGCCCCGCUGGGAGAUCAUUCCUUCCCCACAGCUUAACUUUCUACCAGUGUCAGAGUAGAUAAGGAUGCUUGUAAAUACUGUAGUAUAUUUAUUAAUAUUUGAAAGGCAUUCAUUCAGUGGACAAUGGGAAUUAACUCUCCCAGGACAAGUGAAAAUGAAAUAAUUGAUAUGUACGUUGACUUAACAGUCUUACUAGAUUUCAAGUCUUAAGCCUUUCAGAUUAAACCAGAAGGUUGUUAAGUAGGAGUUUUUAAAAUGAUCUUAAAUUUGAAGAGAUGAUGUGAUUAGCACCGUGAACUCAUACCAUGAAUUUUUUAAGGCUUUUAUUUUUCUAACUGUAUUAAUAAAUAUAGCAUUGGAUUUUAGGGGUCGCAUAGGAGACAUGAAAGUUUUCAAUUAUGUUGCUAUUUGCUAAAGCAAAAUGGCAGAAAAUUUUGUUCAUGCCAAACUGUUGGAAGAGCCAUGGAGAAAUGUGUACACUGACUGGACUUUGACCUGGCUUCCUGUGUGUGUGAGACUCAAGGUAUUGCUGGCAUUCAGGGUGACAUGACGGUACUAAACGUUUUCCAUUCAAGUCUUUUAUUUUAAAAUUUAGGGAAAAAUAAAAUGGCUUUCCA